CCAGUUUAGUGUGUUAGUAGAGUUCGCGGUGUGUAGACGUCAAAGUCGUCGGUUAGCAGUGGAUUUGCUAGAGGUUUAAACUGUUAAUGAUAAAGUGAAAAACGGAAACCUUUAUCUUUCGUGUAACACGCAAUUUUACACGGACGGGCAAGGAGUGGCCGGACAGUUCCCGCAUGCGGUACCGAAGUUUGUGAACGGUUCGUGUCCUGGUUUGCUCCUGGUUGGAACAUUCUGGAACCAUUUCCAACCUCCAGCUGAGCAGAAAAGAAAAUUUUUCCUUCAUCGGCAGAAGGAAAAACGGGGGACGUUUACGUGGUCGCUGGAUUCGGGGAAAGUCGGCGCUAAUCCGGCUUGCGAGCACUGCUGAAAAAGGAGUAAAAGGGCUGUUUUGAUAGUGGAAAACAGGUCUACCGUUUUUGGACUACGAGCACUGGUCGGAUUGUAAACCUGAAAAAGAAAAAUGAGCACUCUAGCUCCUGAUGGCAACCUUCACCAGGCCGAGAUGCUGUCGAUCGAGACGCUAGUAAACGAGUUCUACCAUCCAGCCACAACAAACGGCCGAAAGCAUACAAUCGAAGGCCAUCUGCAGCAGUUUCAACGAUCACCGCACGCUUGGGCUGUAUGUCUGCAAAAUUUGCAUCACUUCAACAAUCAGUACUUUUGGUUCUUCAACGUUUCAACCGUGGAGGUGAUCAUCAGUCAGCGGUGGCUUGCACUAGACGAACCCGGCCGAGGCCAGAUCAGGGACUCGCUAUGGGGGACCUUCGCCGGAUUCUCACAGGACAUUCCGGGUUUGCAGCGUGAUAAGGUUGCCCAGUUGGUGGCGCUUGUUGGAAAGCGACAAUUCCCGGAGGAUCAUCCGGAUUAUAUGAAUCAGGUAAUGGAACUACUACGUACCAAAUUCACCCUGGGAAUCACACUGCUCCGGGCGACAUCCGACGAGAUUACCAGCACCAGGGCGGACAUCACCAGUGACCGGCAAAAGUACUUAUCCUACUGCGUUUCCAUGUACCUCCCGGCUGUGUUUGACAUACUGGAAAAGUAUGCCGAGCUGUGCAUCACACGAACCAGCUGCAAAAACGGAUUGAAUCUAGUCCAUCUGCCGGCUCCGUUCGGCGACGAUUCCCGCGUUGAGCAGGCCACACUGGAUCUGCUGCUCUGCGUGCAGCAAAUAUUUUCGUGGGCUCCGCUGGAUAACAUCACAUCACCAAAUUUCUUUCGGAGCCUGUUCAUGUUGGCCCGCUGGAACGAGUCCUACAGUGACGUAUCGGUUUCUGCCAUAACGACGAUUUCGGAGUUGUUCUACCGACAGAAAGCGUUACCGCUACCUACCGUAAUUGCGACUGGCGUCAUCGAUCUCCUGCAGCAACCUACACUGUUUAAGCUGUCUAACGAACUGUACCAGGAUAAGCUAACGGAACUGUUGCGACUUUUCACCACCCAGCAGUGGGCCAAAUGGAGCAAAGAUCCGAAUUUCCCAGCCAUAAGUUAUUUGAAUUCACUGUUUCAGUAUACCUUUUUCGGGUAUGGAGCGCUGGCGUUUACUGAACGACUCGCGAUUUGGAACCCGAUCGUGCAAAACUCAACAGGCAGUGAGACAAAUGCGGCUGCUGCUGGCGGCAAGUAUGUAGAUAAACUGGUGGCGUUGGCUUCCGGAACGGUCAAACGGAUGCUGUUUCAGUACGAUUUCGAUCAGCAUUUGGAGAUGCUUGACAGUGAAGAGUUGGAUGAUGAGAAUGAAACCGAGCUACAGCACUUCUUCAAUCAGUGUAUGGAUACUAUUGCGAUGAUAGCCGAGGUCGAUCCAGUUCGAGUGUACGAUGCUGUGUUUGCUGAAUUCGUAUCCAACGACAGCAGUCCAUAUGCGGAAGUUUUAGCAACGGUCGGAAUUCUACGUCAUGGAGCGAGUCUAAUUACGCCGGGACAGUUAACGUUGGACGAUGAUAGUCGUACCGGAUUGCGCUGCAAGUUGCGUGAUUUUAUAUCCCUGUGCCAAAUCAUAACCCGAAUCAGUCCGGUACUGUACGAGCGUUCCGAGCGAACAAACGCUUCGCUGGGAUUUCUAAUGCAAUCGCUGGUCAAAUUGGUUGAUGCAGUCUCCAGUGCCGCGGGCGAUCCACUGGAGUACUUUUUCGCCCAGUCCGCGUCGCUGGCCAGUGAGCUGGUGGAAGUGAUAGCUCAAACGCUUAUCACGCUACGGAGUCUGUUGCUCGUUGCGCACAUUCCAUUCGGAGAGGACGAGAUGAUGCAUUUCGUGGGAAGCAUUCCAAGGUUUCUGGCGCCUCCCACCAAAGUGAAGCGAGAUCAGCUGAAAACGUUGACCAGUGCCGCGGCUCAGCUGCUGCUCGCUGUUAGUGCCAACCUACGACCGAAAUACCUCGUGCAGCUAAUCAAACCAUUGGUCCAGAGUGACCUUCGCCAUCUGGAUAGGGGCGCGGCCCUCAUCGUUCGACGGGCUGUUUGCAACUGCUUUGUCCUUCCGUGGAGUGGAUGCUGCAGCGAGGAGCAGAACUUCGAAGGGCGUGCUGCUCUUCUACAGGAAUAUGUUGCAUUUAUUGCUGGUGAUUUGAUAAGGCUAGACUUAGGACACAGUUUUGGAGCUAUCAACUCUUCACUGGAAUAUGGUCAAGAGGAGAAAAUCACUUCGGUUGCCACGAUCGUGCUGACGACAUUGCGUGAACUUCUAGAUUACUACCAGGAACAAACCAAUUCCGUUAAGCAAAUGUUAGCCAGCGCUUACAGACCUGUGAUAGAGAAGACCCUCACCAUCUACAGUGCUACUAGCAGUAAAAAUUGCGUUUUGGUUGAACAGAUUUUCGAUUUUUGUUUGGGCGUUUUCCGAACGCUGCAAAUUCAGCUGGGCCAAGCGUUUCUGAAGAGCAUCAUUCAGCUACUACUGGAGAAACCCAAAACGGAACAAAUUACUGCCCAGAGAUUUCACUCGCUCAAUACACUGUUGAAAAUGUUCCUCCUUAUAGUGGAACAGCCCGGUAACGCUUCACUGCUUCCGGAUAUUAUGGUUUUCUCGAUCGAGCAUGUGCUGCCGAUGGUUUUCUGCACGGAAUAUAACAGCAAGAGCGAACAGAGUGAUCACGCAGACUUCAGCUUAUCGUUGUAUCUAUUGUUCAACGGCAUUUUGCUGCACCGAUGGCAGUACUUUUACAAAUCUAGUGUUCUGAAACAAAUUUCACACACCGCAACCGGUGACAUUGUACAGCCACAGUCGACGCUCGAGCAUCCGGAUCAGUUUGCGGCAAUCAUGAACGCGUACGGGCAGGCGAUCGUGUGUUCGAAUGAUCCGCACAUUACACGUGCCACACUGCAAUCACUGCAGACUUUGCAUGAACGGUGGAAGCUAUAUCAGCGGGAGUUUUUCCGCACCCAGCUGCUACAAUCAUUCGAGGCUGCCAUAAUCAAGGCCCUCAUGUCUCCGGAAGGUAUCCUGCAUUAUGAACUUUUCCUGACUGUGCUGUACAGCAUGGGCGAGGUGGAGAUGAAGCUGCUGCAUGAAACAUUCACGGGCAUCGGUUUCUCUGCCGAAUCGCAGCAGGUUGAAGAGGUGUGCAUGGCAACGGACUAUCCAACAUUUGCACACCGUAUGAACCAGCUCAUACAGGAUACCAAGUGUGGUCAGCUGAACGGGAUCAUCUAAUCGUUGUAGAACGUUUUCCUGCUCGUUUUUCGAUCUACUUUUAUUUUUCUUCUUAGACAUCCAUACACACGCACGACACCCUUUCUCCAGCUUGCGUCCUGAUUUUCUUUCCUCUAUCGGUUGGGAAACUUAUUCCCCAUCGGGUGUAGGAAAAUCCAUAGAACGCGUGGGGCAGAACUGAAAUUCACAAUGAUUCCAUAUUAUACUGUUAACUUUAACUAACCUUUAGAAAACCGGAACAAGGUCACAGUCUCCGGUUAGCGCUGAGAUAGGAUAACUAAUUCUUAGGGGCGAAUCGCGUUGCCGUGGUAUACUAAGAGUAUACUAAUAUCAACAUCAACAAAAAAGAAAAACAUCUGCCAUACCAUCAAUAUGGCUAUUAAGUUCAACUCGACUCGAAUCCAGCGAACAACAGAAUGUGCUGAACAAGAAAAAGAUUAAUGUGUAUAUUUUUACAAUUCGAUUUUUUACAUCAGGUAACAGAGCUUGCUUUAAAACCGAGCGACAUAAGGAAAACGCAAAGUCGCUAUGGUCGCUCCUAUGAAAUCUAAGUCGCAAACGUACCGUUAAGAUUUUAUUUUAUAAUCAACUAUAGCAUGUGAUAUUGAGAAAAGAUUAGAUUUUUUUAUUAAGGUUCGUGUUAAAAAUCAAAAAGAAGCCAUCUGCUCUGUUUAUCGUUUAUUUCUGUGUUCUAUCUGUAUUUUUUUUCAAUAUCUUCUGUUACACAUACUUUAAACGUUUACUUUUCUGUGUUUUAAGUUUCGAUUCCGCUGAAACGGACUAAAGUAAAGUCUAUAUAUAUGAUGAAAAAGGAAGUAGUAUUACAAAUAUGGUUUCCUAUAAAAAAAAAACGUAAAAAGUAUGCCCGAUAAGGUUUAAUAUUAUAUACAACUAUUUUCCAUGAAGAUAAUUUCCAGGAAAUUUAAAGGACAUAAACGCGUAGAAUAAACGAAAAAUGCAUGAAA